AUGAAAGCCAAUGGUGGUUUUAACGCUUCUGGCAAAGACAGAAAACGGAAACUUUUAAAUGAACAUAGCGACGAGCAAGAUAGGUAAGUUUAAGCGCUAAUUCCGUUUUCCUCAAACUAUAAAUAACGUUAAGGUGUCACUUCAGUAAUUUAAGUUCACACUGCUUUCUCAAGCACGCAAUUAUAGUAUUCAUUAUUCAAGAAGCGUUUAAGGUCGUGCUAGACCAGUUUAAAUCCAGCAAGCACUUCCUAAAGUCCUUGGAACUUUUCAAUGGAACGGCUGCGCGCUAUCGAACUCCUGCUAUAUUUCCUGCGUACGUGUAUUUAUAGAUGUCCGCCCGAGAAUAUGAACUUUCCUGAAUGUGAGAACUUUCUGCUAGGGCUAGUCGUCAUUUCUGGCAGCUGACGAAGUUGUUCGUAUUUUAGUCGGGCAAACGUUGAAUGGUGGAAGUUUCUUUUGGCUGUCAAAUAUUUAAUACGCUCUGGUGAUUUGUUUUGUGUGAUUGAGUAGAAAUGCGCGAUCUCCUUACUUUUUUAGCUGUAGCGUGCAUUGUGAAGACGAACUUCACUAUGUAUAAUUUAUAGGCUAGGUAAACUAUUAUGCCCUUUGUUAAAGGGUGACUAACUUGUAUAUUGUAAUCUUUCGGUGAAAAGUGUUAGCGAAAAAGGUAAAGAAUUAGGUGUAAAAAAGCCAAUUUACUUGCGUCUGACUGUGGGUUUGUUUUACGACUGUUAUCUGUUGCACGCACGAUUUGUGUCUUGCUUUCGCGUAAAUGGGCAUAGAAAAUUAAUGAUAACACUAACUUCAUCAUUUCUGAAUUUUCAUUGAUCUUUCCUAGCUUUUUUGAAAGGUUCCAUAGGUAGUACGUGUGACCGCAUUUACACUAAUGUUUCCUCUAAGAAUUAACACCUCCCUGGCGGCAAAAUUUUGAUCAAUAUAGAUUUCAGCUGAAAUGUUUUUGUCCAUUUUUCCGUCUAGUUUUCGUGAUGUGCUUUUUAGGAUGUUCGGGUGUAAAUUGGACUCUUUUCUGUCUUCUUUGUAAAAUUAUUUUUCUUUUGAGGAUUUUAAUCGUUAUUCACUGCUACAAUGAAUAGGAUUAAUUUGGGGUUUGGGCGUUCGUUCAUCCCCUGUCCUGUCGUUUAUUUCAAGUAAUUUGGUUCAGUAGAGUACAUUUAGGUGAUUCUGUUAGGUUUCAGUUAAGUAGAAUAAUAUUAUUUUUUGGUCUUAAAACUUAUUUGGAUUGUGAGAUUCAUAGCAUGUACAAAUAGUCCUCAACAAAGUAGGUGUCAGAUUUAAAUUUUUCCAUUUAAACUGGGGAGGUGCAAAGCGUCUUAGUUUGAAAGAAUAACAAUGCUCAUUUAGCCCUUCUAAUGUCUCAAAGUUUGUAGUGCCUUGAAAGCCUCUGGGUGCAUUCAACCAGACGAAUAGAAAAGGUUGUUGACACAUAAAUAACUGAUGAGUGAUCAUUGCACUGUACAUUUAAGUAACCGAAUAAGAUGCUUGAUUCUGAAACAUGUAUGAUCAGUGUAGUGGAAAGCUUGUGUGUUUGAAAUUUGAGCUGUUCCUUGGUCAUGAUGUCUUCAAAUCUGGGAACAAUUCCCUGAUAAUCUUUCUAACUAUGUGGAUGUAUUAAGUUUCUAAUUAGAUUUAUGCAAAGCAAGAAUUCUUCUGACCAAAAAUACAGCUGUGCCAUGAAAAGAUCCUGGAGAAAAGUGUCAGGUCUUUAAAUGAUUUUUUCAGUUUUUUGCAUCCACUGCUUCCAUUAGUGACAUUCCUAUUAUAUGCAGGAUUUUCAACUUUAUCAGUAUUUCAUGUCUCCUCCCAUUUAGUGUUUAGACUAUUAAUGGAAUAAAAUCAUUAGACAGAGAACCAAACAAAUGGUCAGUAAGAAGAUACAAAAGAGAUUUAUAAUUUGUAUAAAAGGGUGAGGGAUUAGUUUUUAGGAAAAAGGGGUAUUGGUGCGGCAGAAAAGUGGAACAUGUGACUGAACCACAUGUCCUAUAGAAAUUAUGGAUUUUACAUUUGGGUCAGUAACCACAAUAGUUAUGUCACCAUUCUAAUGAAAGCUGUUCAUAUCUGUGGGAAUUAAUGCUCCUGUUAUUGAAAGUUGCCGGAAAUGAUUUGACUCAGUUUAGACUAACUUGAGGGAUAAGUUCACGUGUGUAACCAAGAGUAAGUUUGACAGUGAUCCAACUGUGGGAAAUUAAUGCAGCAAGCAGCACUAGUAAAACAUGAUUUGUAUUACCAACAGAAAACAACGGUAACACUUAAAAAAGGAAAAGGUCUGGUUGAAGAGAAAGAGAUGUUGGACAGACCUAUUGUAGAUCAGAAACGACCAGGGCUGUCUUUCCAAAAUGUGAAUAAUACCACGCCCUUGAUGAAACUGUCGGCUUUAUUGAAGUUGCACAUAGAUUUCAGCUACCAUCCUUCUGACCAUUGGACUGCAAGUCCUCCUAAUUUCAUUUUAAUAAUUUGCAUGAAACCUGUUAUCUUGAUUAUGUCAUGAUAUUAUCAGGAGAAAUUUGCCCUUGGUCACUCUUGUGACUUAGGGGUUAAAUCUUCACAGUGAUCUGAUUUCUGCCUUCAAGCUGGUAUUACCCGAAAUACCUGUUUUUAUACAUGGCUAAUUAAAGUGAUCGCUCCUAAUGUGCCUGGAAAGUUCCUAUUAUUUAUGUUGUUUUGAUAAUAUCUAUUCUUUGCCCUGUUAGUCUGUGUGGUUUAUAUUUUGAUAACUUCAUGAACUUGUUGAUCUUGAUAUCUAUUGGCUGGCCUCCCAAUGGACAGGAGCAACUUGCAACACAGACUUGGAUUAUGGAUCAUUCAAUUACCUCUGUGGCCUUAUUUGCUUUGUCUAUAUUUUGACAACUUAUUGAAUGUGGAACAAUCUUGAUGGAUUUGCAUGUAACCCUUGCUUCAAAGGAGUGUAUCUGUUACCUGAUAUUGAUGUUUUACUCUCUUUUCCAGAAUAUUUUUAGUAAAUGACUUGUCUGUUUUUUGACAAUUUUGUAUGUGACCAUCUUAAUUAUUGUUUGCUUGGGUGAGGGAGCAAGUGCCCGUAUUUCUGUAACUUACAAGUUACAUUUAAGGGAAUAUUAAUUACCGGCUCCCAAACCGUACGUUUAGUUCAAUUCUUCUGCACUGUUAUUUUUGGAUUAGACAGGAGAGGUAAUUCAGAGCAUAUGACCAUAACAGAGUUUGAAAGGUGAUAGAUACUUCUUAGAUACUGUGUGUAAUAUAUCAAACAUGAGAGCAGUGCAGGGGAUUGUUUUUGACAAACUUCAAGGUGAUUGAUAUUUUGAUGAAAAAGUGUGUAAAAAGGUUUGAUAUUACUUUACUCAAACAAAGUGAUUUUAAAAGGAGAAAUUAAGGAUGCAAAUAAGGGUUUUUUUUUCACAAAACAUUAAUUUCCUCUGUAUUUUAUUAUUAAAAAUGAGUUUCAGAAAAAAAUAUCAAAUAGAUUAUUAUUUUUACUCUACUGUGAUUAAUUUUUAUUGAGGGUGGAAAGAAGUUUGUUUAUUGAAGCUGUGUAUUAAGCUAUUAUACCAGACUGUGAUUUUGGUACAAACUGCCUUAGGGUGAGUCAAAUUCCCUGUUUGAUCUUCGCACAUUUCCUUUACAAAUUAAUUGAGGGAAUAUUUGAUAAAAGAUUAAAGUAUUGUCUCUUUGGUGACCAUUUUAUUAGUAUUUUUGAUUGUCAUAACCAUUACCAUAUGAUGGUGAAUUGAUAUUAUUCGGAGAAAUUGUUGUUGGUUACUCUUGGAAAUGAUAGAAAUAACACUUGGAAAUUUUGGGCUGACAUUUUCGAGUCUGACAGUGUUACAAAUUUCCAAAAAGCAGUUAUAUAUGGUUCUCUUACACAAAGAAAAAUAGAAUUGUGCCUUUCUUGUGUUGUUCAAAUGCGAUCUAAACUUGUAGAUCAGUAAGGUAUUUUCAUAAUGUUCUAGUGUAGUGUACAGCCUUGGUUUUAUUUUUUUGUAUUUUCCCAAAAAAGAAGCAGGAGUCAACUUCCUCAUAGCCAGAGGAAAUCCCCAAUCCCUGGCUCUUAAUGACAACCCUAAUUAUAAUUAUAUAAAAACUUGGAAAAUUACAUGAUACUAGACCUUUUUAAAAUUUCUUUGAUUAACUUUUUACAGGACGAAACCGCCUCAGAGCGCAUCUCGCCGCCACAGAGAAAAGAUAAAUGCUACCUUGGAAGAACUUGGGGAUCUUCUCCCUCUUCCAGAAGAAGCUAGAUCAAAGUUAGAUAAGCUCACAGUUUUGAAGUUAUCUGUGAGCUUUUUCCAAACUCAAAAUUAUCUCCAGUCUGGUAAGUGUCACUGAGCUGUUAACAGUUCUGGUUUGAACAUUCCGCACUGUAUUUCCUUGAAUAAGAGCCAUCCCUUGCCUCCCUCAAAUAAUUGCCCCCCUUUCACCUAAAUAUUUAAAAUAAGCUCCUCCCUUGAAUAAUUGCCCCCACCCAUUUACCAUCUUCUCUUUCUUUUCCCUGUCAAGUUAAAAAUUGACAAAACAAGUUUUCAUUUAAUUGUUUACAACUGAUCGAAUAGCUACAAAAGCACAGGAACCAAAUUUGGAACACUUGAAUUAGCCCAUGUUCAUUUUAUUUGAUGUGAUUAUUUUUUUAUUUAAUGGGAUAAUUAAUCAAAAUAUUUAGGGCACGACUUCCAUUGGGCAAUAUUUAAAGUAAUUGCUUCCCUCGAAUAUUCGCCCCCUUUUGGUGAAAAAAAAAAUAUAUAUAUCAUCCCCAAUUAUUAUUCAAAGAAAUACAGUACUAUUGUCAGGGCAUCUGACAGGAUGCGGUGGUGCGGAUCUGCAUCUCCCACUAUUCGGAUCAUUUUCCCUAUAAAAUUGAAAACAUAAGCGCUUGAUAAGUGAAUGUGACUACUGCUGAAGAGCAAAAUGAAAAUGGUAGAAUGUUGUUACAUAUGCCAUAUCUUAAUAUGUGGAUAUUUGUACAGCCCCAUACAUUAAUUUAUUAUGCAUCGUUCAGCACAGUUGAAUGCUUUAAAAUACAUUGCAGCGUUUCUCAGUGAUUGCUGAUGCAUUUACAACGUGAAUGUGUGCAACUUUGUCAAACGAUGAAGAAUGAUUUUCCAACGUUGUUCAAUGCCCUUUUUUUGUGUGACGAUAGAAAUGAUCAUCACUCCAACGUGUCGUUUUUACAAUGCACUGAGCACCUCCCCUUUCUCUGCAAAACAUAAAUUAGACAUCAACUUCCUCAUCGAUCAAACGAGCGCCUAGUUCGGAUGGCCCGAAAUCAACAGCAUAGUUGUUUCAGCAUUUGGAAACAUUAUAAAUAAAGCCUUUAAAAGCAAUGUUGGAAAAAAAAAUACUUUGAACGAAAAAAAAAAGCAGCCUUGUAUUGGAUUAUAUAUUUUCACGGUUCAAUACUAUCAUGUUAUUUGCUAGUCCCAGUAAAAUAAAUGUCUGGCAGAAAACCGACAUGCUAUUCAGUUUUUUCUUGUUCGGUUGAAGAAGAUUUUCCUUAGACUUUUUAUCUUUCGUGACACUGCGUGUGUAAAGACUCACAAUACCUAAGAGAUGACUGCCAUGAACAUCAGAACCUUAAUCGCGCCUGGAAGUUGAUUAAUUGUAAUAACAGAAACAACAUUGAAAUAUAAUUUUUAAAGAACAAAAACUCGAAAAAUAUUCUGUUUCCUUUCCUUCUGUGUUGCGAAUUGCUUGUCAUUGCCCUAGUUGCUUUUAAAAUAUGAACAUCCUCGGUGAAGCCUGAUCCUAUGAACUACUUCGUUGCCUAGCACGUGACUGAAAGUCUACUACAAAAUUUCAUUACACAAUGUUUUCACAGGAGUUGAUUUGCAGCAGAGAAAUCUGUUAUACAAAUAUCGUGGUUUUGAAGAUGAGAAGUGAAGAUAUACUUCUUCAGCAAUGAUGUAUUUCACUGUGUUUUAAUUCAGUUACACAUCAACAUUUUUUUUAAACUUGAAUAUGCGUAACUUGUCUCACAAGCUAUCAAAACAGAGCAUGAGUUUCGUUUGUCGUUGAUGAUUAUCGACUAAUCUGACGAUGACUAUGAUUAUCAUCGUCGCAACGAAUGAUUCAGAAAAUUGGUUAUCUUUGUAUGCUGACUGGCUCCAAAGUAUAUUCUAUUGUAACUUAGUUACUUUCAGAAAACCUUUUUGAUAGCAAUAGUGACUCCUGUGCAUGUGCAGUAGUCACAACAAUUGCCCAUCACAAGCGAUAAUUAUUGAGGACAUUGCCUGCUUUGUUGACUGUUUUCGUGCGGAAACUGGAACGCCUUUUCUUGUUUUCCUUGCUUACACGUAUAUAAAGCAUCACUUGUCCUUUAUAUCAUGGGUAAAUGCGUCAUAAAAGGAAAGAAUAUUAAGAAGGAUCCUCAUUUGACUGUUAACAUCACUACGAAGAUAAGAGUGAGCCAUGACCUGGAUACCAUGUAUUUUAAGGAAAUUGCAAUCUGCACAAAACAUUGUACCAUAUGAAAGAACAACUUUAACCGUUUGCUGUUUUAAAAACUCCUCAUGCUGUUGUUUAACAUAUUACAGCUAGUUAAGCCUGUAUUGAAGUAUUUCACUUGUUAUUCAUAAGUGAGAGCCUCAACCAGUAUUGUAUAAACCAAGUAUCUUGAAUUGAAUCGAGACGUUCUGAAAAAAAGUGUGUUCUUGUGGAGACGGUGGCUGUUUGUGAAAUAAAAAUCGUUUCAGAGGAGACAAUUAAAAUUCUACCGCAUUCUAGUGUUCUUUAUAAGCCACAUAAUUACAUAAAAUACCAUAAUUAUAAACAUUUUGAGAUGCCCAGUGAAUAUAACCACUUUUAUAAUAAAGAAUUGCAACUCUCUGCAUAAUAUGGCCUUAAACUGACGCAUAAUUUUCAAUUUUUUUUCCGCAUCCUGUCCAAUGCCCUGUAUUGUUUAAGGUAAAGUCCAUUCUCAGUUUAAUGCAGAAUUUUUUCAUUUCGGAAGAAUAAUUAGGGUUAGGAAACAAACUAAAUUCUGAAUUAAACUAGGGCAACUUAGGGAUGGACCAUUAGAAAACUUAUUGGGGGACCGGGCGAUGUACAAAAAAAAAUAUUUGUGCAAGGGGAAAUUAAAUGAAAAAAAAUUCAUGCAGUUACCCUAAAAAAUAUUGAUCAAUGGUCUAAAAAAAAUUCAUACAAGGAAAAUGAUAAAAAAAAUUCACAUGUUCGAAAAAUUCUCCACCACCCAUAACUUUUCUAAUGGUCUGUCCCUUUGAACAGAUUUUACCUAUAACACUGGUGUGUAAUUUCAUACUCUUAAGCUUGAGGCUUGAGUUUUCAUAGGCUUUAUAAAGAACAUAAGAACUAAGUAUUCUUUUAUCUGCUAUAUAAACUUUUAUUAAUUGAGUUAUUGAGGAAUGUUUUUGUUCUUCUUUUCAACAUUAUAAAUGAAUACAUUGGCUUCAUUGAUUUUUUGAAGUCCAUAAUUCAGCUGUUCAUGUAAAAAGAUAUGAAAUAUUAUAUACUACAGGUCAUAUAUAUAUAUAAAUAUAUAUUUAGUUUUCCCUGGUGCACACAGUGAUCAUAAAAUCAUUCAAUUGAUUUAUCAAUUAAUCAGUCAAGAAUACAUUAAAUCUAAAACGUUGGAGUAAAGAAUAUGUCCUUGAAAAAUGAUUAUUUACUUUCUGCAGCAACAAGGCUCUGGAUGGAGAUUAAGAGAUGAAAAAAAUCAAACAAAACAAACAAAAAAGUAGUCUUUUCUAGACAAAAAUACUCAUAGUUUUACAAAGUUGAAUAAUAGAACAGUCUACCAGUUAGUCAAAUUUGUCUUAAUGGAAAUGCAAUGAAACUUGGGCGGUUAUAUAAACACUGCUAUGAAUUUCAUAAUCCUUUUGAAGCUUGUAUUUACUCAGAUUUGUUGAAUUUUGCAGCUGUGUCAAUUAAGAGGAAGCUUCUUCUGCAAAAAGCAAACAAUUAUUUCAAAAUGCAAAGAAACGUUUUCUAUCUUAAUUGGUGCCAUCUGCAUAAGUUCUUUUAGUAGGAAUUUGGGAAGGGGUAUGGUCAGGACCUAAGUUACCAUAAUUUAGGCACACGCUUGUGUAGUUCUUCUGAGAUUUAAGCCUUAAUUUACCAGCCAUAAAAGCCAAAUAUAUCUGAAGUAAACAUUCAGCAUUUGAUAAGGGAAUCUCUACUGUACAACAAAAAGAGAGCUAUGAAAAGAAAUAAAAUUAUGCACCACUUAGAAUACUACAAAUUUUAUGUUUAGCAGCAAGGCUGUGCUCUUAGGAAAAUUGAAGGGAGCCCAGUGCUCUGAACCUGUAAACUCCAGGGUGCCCAGCAUAUGAUUUGUACGAAAAAUCUGAGAUUUUCUAGUCGCCCAAGAGCAAAAGUUUGGCGCCAGGGGCCAACGGGCUCUGCUAGAGCCCAGCCCUGACUAGGAAGACAAGUUAUUAACUUGAUUCACCGUCAACAACCCAAGAUUUAGUAAUAACAGUCCAGACCUAGUCUUUGUAAAAGUAUAUCUAGUUAUUUUUUUUUCUGUGUGAAUAGGGAAAAGGAGGAAAAGGCGUGUGGAUGAUGCUGCUGUGGCUCAGAUGACCAAGAAACUUGCAGCCUGUCACAUCAAUGUCAGUGAUAUUUCCCUAGAGGUAAGAAAUCUACUUUUUUUAUAUAUAACUAACCUUUUUGCCUUUCCUUUACUUUUUGUGUGAAAAUAAAUUCACAGAGGUUGUAUUAGCUGGAGUUCAUUUCAGUAAAAUGUUUGCAAUUUAUUUUUGCGAGGGAUUUUGCCGCUGUCCGUAUUAUCGGGGUGUCCGUUAUAGUGGGGUGUCCGCAAGGCAAGAGUUGACUGUAUUUGUCAGUAGAAAGUUUCCUAGAAGGGUACUUUUUCUGUCAAAAAUGGGAUAUAGAAAGGUAAGUGGUUGGAACUUGGGUGGAGCCUCCUUCCCCCCAGGUCCAAGUGUAGUGGGACAGUUCAUGAUGUAUGAGAUGAGGUAGAAAAUGCUUGUAAAAACCACUCCUUCGUCAACAUGUGUGUAGCAGAAGUCUGGUUUGUCUUGUUGAAAAUAGACUAGUAUGUUCAGCAUUUCUCAGUCCUUCUAGAUGGAAGUCCUUGACCUCACUUGUAUAAUUAUAUCCAACUGACUGGCCUCCCUUCAGUUGGUGUUCUUAACUCCAUUAGGUUCAUUAAAUGUAUCAAUUUCAGGAUUUGCUUGAUAUGCCAUGAAUAUUGCCAAGGGUAAUAAAGGAAACUUAUUUUUAACCCUGUAACAAUGGAUAACUGAAAAGAACACGUGGCAAAUUCUUAUUGAUUUUAAAUUUUAGCCAGAACACAAUUUUUGAACAUUCUUGGUACAGCUUUUCUGAGAGCUACGUGAUGUUCAAGAAAUCAGUAUUCAUGUCACGUUCAUCAUUUCAUUUUGUUGCCCUGUAUCACAAAACCAUUGAAGUGAGGAAAUGUUUCAAAACAGUUUUAAGUUGUGUAGUGUAUCAACUGGCAUUAUUCUUGGAGACAGUAUAAAUCAGCAGUUCCUAACAAAAGUGUUAAUUACCAUUUCCUGAAAAAAUUAGAUUUAAAUGGAGUUUAAGAAAGUUGCUGAUCGUCGGUUAAUUAACACAGAGAUAGGAGAUAAUCUUUCAGCCAUGAAGUAUGUCAAGCUGUUAAGUUGAAUUGUUCUGAUAAUUAAAUUAGUGAUUAUUUGCAUAUCAAAAAGCAGGACGGAAGGGUUCCAAAAUUGAAGUUUAGAGUCAAGUAAACAUUUAUCAAGAGGGAUUUAAUUGCUGAUUCAUCCAUCCAUAAAAGAUAGUUAUUGUUCUUCUUUGUUGUAGUGCUCAGGUUGCUUAAUAUCACAAGUAAUACUACUUCUAAGUUUCUGGGUGUUCACAUUUCAAGAAGGUUACCUAGGUCAAGAGCUAGAUACAAGUGGAUGACAUGUUUUAAAUACAAAUUCAUGAUAUACAGCAGUAACUAAUAAUGUCAUUUUGAAAUGUUCAUUGGCAUUCUUAGUUAAUGUUCAGUGCCUGUGUUAAAGAGGAAUUGUGGUGGGUUUUUAUUGCCCCAAAUGUAGUGUUUACAUGUAGCUUUCAGGAGAGAUUGUAUUUCAAGCCAAUAUUUGUUUGGCUUAAUUAUCUCAGAUGUUUACUGUCAGCAUACCUGAAGAUCGGAAACAACUAGUGAAAUCGUUAUUUAAAGAACUUGUUUGUUUUGGGAGUGCUUGUAGAAAUAUGUGGCAGGGUUUAAGAUAAAAGGGGCAUUAAAAUGGGUGGUACCUUUGGUUAUUUUUGGCAAACAGAUAUCUCUACAUACAAAGCUGUAUUAAUUAAUCCUAACCCUUAGGGAAUUGCUACGUGCCUGUCAAUAUGAAUUGAAUGAGUUUGUUUUUGAUUUCUCAUUUUGUUUUUAAUACCAAUAUUUCUUCAAUGAAUUCUAUACAAGUGAAAUAAAUUUAUUGAUUCUGGUAUUUAUCAUGUGUCUAGCAUUUAAUGGGGUUCUAUGUACAGUUUCAGUUCUAGUUUUGAUGUAAUGUUAUUUUUUUUGUUAUUGGUACAAAUUGCAGUUCAAAUUUACUGCCCAUAUUGUAGAAGUCAGAAAUGAAGCAUUUACAAACAAGCAAGUAUAUUUACAGCCUUCAAAAAUACAGAGAAAUAAUAAAAAUGCUACUCAGCUUUGGAAAGAAAAAAGGUUGUGUCAUAGAGUGAAAAAAAAAAUCGUAGUUGCGGUCAAUCAUGCAUGCUUUUCUUUUAUUUAGGGCUGUAUAAAACUAUGAUGUGGUAAAAGAUCACAUUGUCAUGAUCAUUUUAGAAAUUUUAAUUUUUUAUAAAAAAAAUGUCCUCUGAGAAUUUCAGAUGAUUGGUGUGGUUUUAUGUCACUUUUUCUUUACAAUUAAGAGUUCUCAUUAACAAAUAAAUGCUUUCCUUUUGUUCUUUCUACCGGAGAGUGGUGGUGAUGUAACAAAGUAAGAUAAAUUGCAUUUCUUUUGCAAACAUUUCACAAAACAAAGGAAUCUGUUGGGUUCAAACAACCUUUCACAACCUUGUGAGUAACUCAAAUUUUGUGAUUAACAGGCCUUGGAUUCCUUUUUCUUGGUGCUCUCAGAUAGUGGGGAUGUUUUCUAUACAUCAGAGAAUGUCUUUAAGUACCUGGGAUACACACAGGUAAUUGAAUUUUGUAUUUUACUGCCUUCCAUCCAAGCAUAUUUCAUUGUCCAUCGAGUGGAUUUUAUUAUUCUUUAAUGGUCAACUCUAUCUUAUUGCUCGGGAAAUCAGAUAAUAUAUGUUGCUUGUAACCAAUCUGUGAGGGGCUCCAAAGGCUCUUUUGUUUUUCGACCAGUCAGACAACAGUCCAGAUUCUCGACCACAGGCAGAUGACGUGUAAGGUAAAUGUAUCAGGUGCCCUUUUUCCCCCACCUCCAAAGCAAAAAGGGAAGAAGGACAGGCUGAUCACAGUUUGUAUUAACCCUUUAGACCCUAAGAUCAACAUUUAAAUUCUCUUUUGUUGCCCCUAUUAAUUUCCUACAGAAGUAGUGGGGAGAAGUUGAUAAAAUAUCAAGCAAAUUCAUCUUGUGUGAUCAUGUCCGUAAUUCUCAUGACCACUCUGUUUGACAAAUCAUUGAUAUUACAAGGAGAAAUUUGAUGCUGAUCACUCUUAGGGCUUAAAGGGUUAAAAGCAGGAGUGUUGUUUUAUUAUGUUUGAAGGAUAAAAUAUUUAUUGACCUGUAUUUUUUUUGUAGACAUUUUUGAUGCACCAAAACUUUCUCAACUUUGUGCAUCGUGAAGAUGUUAGAGGAUUUGAAAGGUGUCUUCACCGAGCUUCAAAAGCAGUAAGUCACUGAAUGUCUGUCAAAACUGUUGCAUCUGAUACUGACUUUGUGUUAUAUUUAACUCGAGCCUUACGUGAUUAUGUUGGUUUCAAAUUCUACAAAUUAUUUAUUUGCCUAUGUUACAUGAACAUGUGAACUGAAAAAAAUUAAUAGUAAGAGAGUAAGUCUCAGAAGAUAACUCGAUUGAUUGUUAUUUGAAAAAUAAGUGAAAUCUCCCUCACCUGCUUUUUUAGAGGAUUGUAGAGUUAGAAGAUGGCUAUGGUUUGGACUGUGAACAAUUUGAAGGUAUCUGCUAUUUUCAGUAAUAAUUAUUCACUGAUAUCAAUACUGUUGUUUUUAUUAAAUAAUUCCUUCUUUAAAUAAGUAUCUUUUGCUUUAAGGUACUGCAGUUCUGAGGAAUAGUAAUAACACAAAUGAAAUCAGUAUUCGUAUAGACCUAUAUUCAUCAUGGAUGCUUUGCUUGCCAGGGAGAAUUGCUCACUUUAUGAAAAUUCCGAAAAGUUUGCAUGACUGCCAAGACCAUUUAUAUCAUCUUGUGUUGUUGUGUUGAGUGGCUGAAAUCUUUCUUUGGAACCUUGUGUGGGCAUAAAUUUAUUAUAUUAUUGCUGGUAGUCAGGGUUCUCUUUUUAAAAGCCAACAACCUGCUAAAAAACCAGCUACUUUGAGGUGUGAGCCGUUGACUUUUUAGGGAAAAUGGGUAUAAAGUGAGUGAGUGAAAGCCUCAAAUUGCCUACAACACUCGAUUGCCAAGCCGCCUACUUUACAUCCUACCUGUCUACUUUAAAACUUAAUGAGAACCCUGGGAAGUGCAUAUUUUUAACCCUUAAAGUAGCACAUAACCACGUGGCACUUAUGAUAGUGCUCCCCAGGCAAGACAGAGACUCCUUCCGUGAUCGUUUCAGGAGUCUAAUCAUUAAGUUUCCUUAAGAAGGCAAUAGAGUACUGACUUUUUUCUUUGUUAUGCAGAGCAACCAAUUCCCCAGGUUUGCUUUGCCAGUAUCAGGUGCCAUGCUGGAAGACAGUCCAGUCAUGUCAGUCCCUUCUACUACAGGGUAGGUUUUGUUACUUUAAUUAUUUCAGUAUCCAUUCAUGUAGGCUUAGGUUGUCUGGUGUGCACAAGUAUCCACCUCUCAGAUUAUUUCAGUGGAAAGCUGUCAGUGGUCUACAAGCAGCAAUUAAGGCAUUUGUGUGUCUGCGAGUUGAAGGAGAGAGGAAAUACCCGCAGUUGUUUUUUGAAAAAUUAUUUGAACCAGGUGAAUUGGAUUACCGAAAGGGUUUUUCUUUUGGUCUGGCGAAGACAUGGUAGAAACAACAAAUUCCAAACUCAGAGCAAAAAAGUUUAGUAACAAUUCGGAUAAAAAAUUAGUUAAAUUGGAUUUACACAGGCGAUUGCAAUUUUCCAGGAAUUACUCAUUUCCCCUAUGUUUACUUCUUGUGCUUUUUUCCUUAUUUCCCUUCUCUGCUUGUUUUUUUUUUUUAUUCAUCACUCUUUGACACAUGUAUGCAUGCUUGUAUCGGUGGACUGGUAGCCACACCCCUGGCCUCAGUUGUUUAAAAGGUGAAUAACACUAUGCACCAGUUAAAUCCUUAUUCAGUGGAUGAGGCAAUUGGUUUUCCUAAUACUUAUCUGCUGGAUAGUGACGUAUGCAGCAGAUUGUUCUAUCCAUGGUUUGAACUUCCAGGGCCUAGUAAUGUGUCUAUGAUGAUGAUGCUGACUGUGUCACUCAAUUUUGUUGUUGCUUUGCAGUCAUUUAAAUUUGCUGGAAAGCUCAAACCAUUGUUAAGUGGCAAAAUGAAACGGUAUGGUUUCUUUGCACUCUGCACUGCUGUCAACCCCGCCAAUCCAUUUACCAGCACUCCUAAGGAACUAUUACAGGUGUACAGCUGCAAGCUUGGUAUGGACCUGAGACUCAAAAAGCUAGACAACAGGUAACCUCCAGCCACUAACUCUCUAAGCCUCUAAUAGCACGUGAAAGGAAAGUUAAGGAAAUCUCCCCUGCAAUGAAGGGUUCCUGCAGAGGUUAAAUGCUUACUUUCCAACUUCUGAAACUCUAGUGCUCUUGAAGUGUUUUAAACUACGUACAAAACAAUUUGUGAGUAACAAGUUUAUAUAUAUAUGUAAAUAUACUUUUUUCAAUACAAAUGUUCAUGAAUUGCAUUUGCCCAUACUGAUGACAUACACAAUGCAUUUAACUUAGUAUUCAUGAAUAGUUAGGGCUAGGAGACAAAGGAAAUUGAGGAUCAACCUAAGUCAAAAAAAUUUACCUUGAAUUUAAUUUUGACUUGUAACAAAUAUAUGAAUUUCAUAUAUCAGAAUUGCAGAAUGAAGAAAUAAAUGCAGAGAAGAUCAUUGCAGUUAAACGCACAACUUGUGCAGAUGCAAAACGAAAGCCUGUAAAAAUCCAAACUUAUCGAGAUUCGAAACCCAGACUUCUGUGAUACCGCAGGUCAUGCACAUUUGUUAUGGAAAUAUAAUGUACUAGUUCUCACCAAUCAAGGCACAGACAUUUCUUUGAGCCUUUUCUAAAUGUUGUUUACUCCUUUGUGUUACCAGAGGGCAGAAGUGUUUGUACAUGAAUGAGAAGGACAACUUGAGUCGCACAGGCUAUUUUUUCGUGCAUCCUGAUGAUGUGCAAUGUAUGAUGCUUGGGCAUCAACGAGGUAAAUACACUACUUGGUGACUGGUCACCUCACAACCGGUCAAAGUUGACUCGUUACCAACCAAAUCGCCUCCAACAAAACAACUCUGAAAUAACUUACUAAGGUAAAGCUGAUAAAAAGUAAAUCGAGGUGGUGAAGUGACAGUAAAUCCUGGCACUCUUUUUUUCAAUAUUUUUUAUUAGAAUUUGUCUUGUAAGACUAUUGAGGCAGAAAUUUGCAUGUUUUCAAGAAUGUUUUGAGAACACCCUGUUAGACGUAUGUGCUAAGAUGUAAAUGUCAUACACUUUAUCCGAGACCAUUGACGAAAAUAUUUUCAGCAUAAAAUCGGAAGCCUGGGCUGGAAAACUAAUAUUGUUAUAAAUUUGUUUCAGCCGCUUUUUCAUGGCACAUUUCCAACAUGCCUUAUCUUGAGUAAUCUGCCCUUUCACUAUAAUUUCUUGUAAACACCUAGCCUAGGGAAGAUCAUCUACAACAGUUUAGUAUGGUCUCUGAUUUUGUAGCACUAACCUCCUAGUACGCAUGGCUGGUACUCUUUAACAUUUCUGAAUCCCAUUGCUCAGACUGAUUACCAUCACUGUCGCAAUUUGGCCGAGGGAGGUUGUCUCUUGUUGCAAUUUCAUUUUACACGCUGUCGCUACUUUUUGGGCCAUGUUGCUUGUCGGAAUUUACCCUGGCAGGGCCUCUAUUACGGACAGUUUGCUUUGUCCCUGGGAAAAGAAAGCUCUCUCUCACAUUUUCUCUAAAUUCAACCCGUUUAAUACGGACACUUUCUGUGGCCCUCUAGGUGUUCAUAUUAAUGGGGUUUGACUGUAUUUUAGUUUUUUUCAAAGUUUUUAGUCAAGUGUGCUAGGUAGAUUUUUAUACUUAUAUUAGAAUGUAACUGUACCUAAAGGAAUUACUGCAUUUAAAUAAAGUUACCUUAUCUUACUUUGCAGUUUGCCAUUAUUCUAUGAAACUUUAAUCGGUCAUAUUUUACCUUCUUUGUGCCUUUUUUUUCUUCUAACCAGUUACUGCUGAGGGGCAUUGUGACACAGUAUUUCGACUCAUGAAUGGCCGUGGUGCUUGGCAGUGGGUCAGAGGAAAGGCUAGAAUCGUGUAUGACAAAAACGACAAGCCUGAAUUCCUUGCUACUGAUAAUGUCCUGUUAAAGUAAGUUGAGUUUGUUUACUUGGAGGUGCUACUUUUCCUGCCAGCUAUAUCGGUGUUGUCAUUGUUAAUUCAACUUUUGCCCAUGAUAUUUGAUAAUCCCUUGUUGAGUUCCUCCACCCUGACUCACUAAUCAGUGACAGUGGUUUGCCAAUCAUCGAAACAAAAUUGUGUUGUCUUUUCAGUGGUCUCAUAAUUAACAAAGAAAGAGAAUUUGAAAGCACAGAAAAAAUUCUGAACUCAGUGGUCCACAGUCAAAAAACUUCAAAACUUUGUAUUACAUGCACUGUGACUUGCACAAAGAUGAAUAAAAAUGAAUUCUUAUAAAGAGAUUUUUCCAUUAUAAUCAUAACUAUAACAAAAUUCUCACAUCUGAUUGACUGUCAACUGUCCUGAUUUCAGCACUAAUAGGACAGUGUAAUAGGGCAGUACGCAUCAUGCCUAAGUAAUAUACACCAGCACACAUGCACCUGAAUGGGUUCUUCUUUUUUCACUGCUAGCAAAAACUCUUGGGAUAUUUUUUUUGUUUUCAUUUUUAAUUAGCUUAAUUCAUGACAAAUUUUGUUAUAGUUAUGACUAAUUGGUAAAAGAACUUCGUGUCAUCUACUUUGGUCUUUAACCAUCCUCGUGAUUAAACAAAUCAGACUCCAGCUACAGGUCAUCCGAUUUUGUUAAUCAUAAGUAUUAUUGCACCGAGUUGGACUCCACUCAGUCCUGUUACCAUUAUUAAUCGAUUAUGGAUUGGAUGGGUCCAUCCUAUUAUUUCCGAUGAUCGAUUAUGAAAUCUCAGCUGUUUCCCAACCCUCGUGACAACAAUGAUCAUCACAAAGCAAGUCGACCAAUCACUACCAAUCUUUAGUGGAGGGGAGGGAGCGGGGGGCGGGGGGGAGGAGACUCUCGUGUUUGUGCUGCUGUAAAGGGCGUUGUUUUCUAAGCUGUAUAGUCUUGGAUAGGGUAUGGAAAUCAAAGGUGACUGGCCUAGGUCCCUUGCCGAGGUUGCAAAGAAAGUCAGUUCUACAGCCUGCCAUUCGGGCAAGCUUUAGCUAGCAUGUACUAGCCCACAAGUCAUUUCAACUAACCCCAAAACCUUUUUUGAUUAGCAGGAUUGAUUACAAUCCUUCUGUAAUUUGAAUUUCCCCAAAGAACAGCACUUGCCCGUCGGGCAAGUGAAGAACAAAAAUCACUAGCCCGAUAGCAAAAUCCACUAACCCCGGGCUAUCAGACACGACUUUCUUUGUACGCUCCUCACCUAUCUCUCUGACUGUUACUUUUCAACAACAGCCACUCACUACUCUUGCUCCAAAAAUGGCCGAUUUGGAAAGGCUGGGCUGUACAGUAGUUAAUUGUAUUCAAUGCAAUGGAAUUUUUAAAUGCACUGACAGACCAUUCAUUUUUUCAUUUAUUUUUCAGUGAUGAGCAAGGCCCCUUCUUUCAAUCAGUUGUACUUGAAAUCUUGCGUGAAUGGCAAUCUAAUCAAAAGGGCUUACCAUCACCAAAGAGCGAUGAGGAGAAAUCCAGCCAGACUAGCAGUCCAGAUUCUGCACUUCCGCCGUUAUUAGCCACAAAUGAUGGCACCAGUAUCACUACCCAAGGUUUGUUGCCUAAGAAAAGGAUUGACUCUCUGGGGUGGGGUACUCCCCCAAUGGACUAUAAAGGCAAUAGAAAUCGUUUUCCGUGUUUGCAUAGCCUGAUAUAAACACGUCUCGGGUUUGUAUAACUGUCGAGAAUUCUCCCAACCCGUCUAGUGUUUUUAUUAGGUUAUGCAAAUACAGGGAAGAUGUUUUCUAUUGCUUUUGUAAAUUAACUUUCCCAAGAAAAAACGCAAAACUCUUUGUCAUGGCACUGAUUAAAAGAGAAAUUCUUACCAGUCGCGAAGUCUUGUACACAAAGUCUUGCUCGCGUAAUCAGUUCUUGUUUUGCCAAAAAGAUGCUUUCCAAAAUACGGAUUUUUCUUUGGAUCUGACUCGAUGAUUUCCGUAGAGGUUACCGAAGCGUGAGCCAAUGUCCACAACAGUCCAACCAAAGCCAAACAGUACACUCAGCCAGAACGAUUUAAAUAAAAAAAAAAAAUAAAAUGUCUUUAUUGUUCAAGAGAUAAAAUUACAUAUCUUAUGUUACAUUUAAAUAUAACAAUGUUAAUGGGCUAAAGUAUGUCUCUAAAUAAGAUGGGUAUAUACAUAGAAAGAAAUACAAAAAUCGAAUACAGAAAGUACACUAUUUACAAAGCUACAUUAUACUUGAAGACAAUUCUAUUAAAGAAUGUAUUCUUAAAGCGGUCCGUGUGAAUGGCGGGCAUUGCGGGAGAUUUAUUCCUUAAGUUGUAUCUUGUAAUAAUAGUCUCAGGGAAGUUAGCUUAAGAGGGUGGUUCGGGAUACUAGAAACCUUCGUACAAAUUCUAUGAUCUAGCAUGCCAGUAAGCUGUCGGGGACAGCGGUGGGGAACAAAACGAACCCCGGUUCCCUUCAGCCGACAGCUUGUUCGCGCGCUAGGACGAUCAUAUUUCACCUUCUUAUAGGAUUUUUUUUCUUUCUUUCCAAUCAUUUUUGAGUGAAGGGGUCGGCUUUACACAGGCUUCACCUGGGUUCAAACCAUUUGUAAUGUUUCAUCUAAACUGUCACAAAAUGUUUCUGCAGGCUUUGCUGGCUCUUCUGAGGAUGUGGCGUUGCGAGAGUCGAAAGACAUCGAGAUUAUUGAAUACAGCAGUCCACCCGUGUCCACAGCAGAGAAGAAAGAACUCUUGUCGCCGUCACUUGUUCACACACCAGGCACAUCAGAGUCGUGUAUGUUUAGCUCAGCGAAUCAGUCCAGAUCACCGGUGGAGGAGAAACCCAACAUUUUAUCCCGUGAAGGAAUGGUGUUCAACUCAAAACCAGAGCGCAGGAAUGGGAGUACACCUCAUGUCCACCCAAAAUCAAAGCACAGUGCACACGAUCAAAUCAAUCUUAUCAAACAAUUCUUAAUGGGCGUGAAUAGUCAGCCUCCUGCAAGGGCUUGUCACUUGGAAACCAUUACUCGGGUAGACGGUGGUGUGAUUCCAGAUAGCCCGCCCCCGCCCGCAUGGAGUGAUUAUCCUGGAGACCCCUCAUCGGUCCUUCCUGAGUUAAACUUCCAACAAAAUGAUGGUUUGUCGGCUCCAUACCCGCCCUUUCCACCGCAGAACGGAGUAAAUUCGUCUCUUUUCACCAAUGGAUAUGAUCACACACCCGGGAGGUUACCAGUCCAGCCAAAUGGCUCUUCGUGUGGCGGCGGCACUCAGUACAUGGACUCAACCAAUCUCAUAUACCCUUCUAUACCGAAUAUCAGAGACCCAACUGUCAACCCGUCCAUGUCAAACCCUUCUGUGAAUGGGGUAGACGAACUAGAUGCUUUUAAUCUUCAUGUAGACGCAGGUAUCGGAGACCUUCAUGAUAUACUACAAGACGGACCUGGCAACCUUUCACACUACUUGCAGCAAGAAGGCACUGUGUUUCAUUCUUUAAAGCAACGACUAAAUCACGGCCAAAACGGGUUACAUCAUCCCCAAAAUGAAGUUCUCUUCCCUCCCGUCAACCAGUCAUUUCCGGCAAGUUACCCUGCCUGUGAUUUUUUGUCCAAUUCGAGUGCCACAGGAACACCAAACCAAGACCCAAAAUUGUGGUUUGGAGCAUCCGGUACUGUUCCCCUAAACCACGGCCCGCCGCAAGUUCCUCAGGUCGUAGAGGCUUUCAAUGUGGAUGAUUUAACUCCAAGCUUGUUUGAGGAUCCCAACAUUCCAUUUGCAAAUCAGGGAAACGUACCUGUGUGUCAACCAUCUGAAUCCAUGUAUUCCUCCGAUGUCAGUCGUACUAACGGCAUGCAUAUGAGUCCCCGUAUGGCGCAAAAAUUCCAAACACCUCAAAACGUGCAACAGAGACAAAGUGAUAGUAGAAAUCAGAGUUUUAAUCCUGGUGGCAACAACAGCAUUCUGAAAAUGAUGUUGACAAUGUGAUUAGUAAGUCUGUGCAAAUAGGUGAGACAAGACAAUGGUUUCUCGAUAGUGUUUGCAUGCCUUGAUUACCAUAAUAGCUUGGAGGAUCCCAUGGUGUGGUGCAACUACACCAGUCCUUUACUUGUCUUAGACUGAGAUGGCUAUAUUGUAGUGGAAGAUGACUGACGGUGUUCGGUGUCAAAUGUUCUGCACUUUUCGUCAGUUGUCAGUACAACAAACGUAGUAAGGCUUGGUCGGAAAGAGUUAACAUCUAGACGUUUUACUUGCCAGUGUUCUGUUGGCGAAUUCAGUGAGCUCGGAGGAGGGAUUGCCAAGCAGUCACUUCAGCUGUCCAUCAGCAUUGAACCCUCAGUAGUCGUGGGUUCACAGCGUCAAGUUCGUCAGAUCCACAUCUCGCCUUGUACGAGGUGCUGGAAUGGAAGCGGAGUUUCCUGAGAUGAUGUCUCUUGCAAGGUUAAAUGGUUAAAAAACUUAGUUUGAAGUACAGUGUUGUCUCAAGCCUCAUUCACAACAAAACAAAACAUUCUAAUUAAACCAGGAUCCACGUAAGCGUUGACUUGUGCUUUCAUUAGUAAUAGUGCUUAAGCUUUGGUGAGAAUAAGGCAUAAAUAUUAUAAAAAAUAGUGUAUACAGAUAAGACAGAUGUGAAAAUAUGGACAGAGUUUUUUAGUGGACAACAUAUAAUUAUAACGUGCUUAAGUCAUGCUUCACUGUUUGUAAAGGUUAGUUAGCUUGGAGAAACUUUAGCGAUAUAGGUGGGGAAUUCUUCAACCUGUUCCCAGGGUCUUCUCUUCCUCACUCGAGGAAGGAAGAAAGAGGGCCCUGGGAACAAAGUCAUGAUGUUUGAAACCGAAACAAGCAACGGUACCUCGUUUUUAUUUUCUUGGUCGUCCGUAAUCCUUUUCUCCUCAAAGGUGCCACCCAUCUUAAAUCAAGGAAAAGUCUAAAUUUCACUUCAUAAAAUUGCACCAUUCAAAUUACACCACGUGAAAGUGUGCUGAGGAGGGAUUCAUGUGAGUAGUCAUACCAUAGAGUUUUGUCUUCAUCCGUGAAGGUUUCAUCCAUGUUGUUUGUCUCCGUAAUCUGAUGACUUUGGUGUAGAAAGGGUUAUGGCAGUUUUUGUCGUCUGCAUUAUUAAUGUUUCUGAAAACUAAAUCAAAGUAUCUUUCUGCAUACGUGUCUUUUAGAGAAGAAUAUCUAUUGGAUUCUCGUGAAGGGAGAAGGAAAUAUUAUCUGCGUGAUGCGAAUUUCUCAAGACGCUAGAAAAAGACGUUUUAAGUUUAGUUGUAGCUGAAAUGGUGCUGAUCGUGUCUCAAAUGUAAUCUAUCGUGUUCUUGACUAGAUCUUGAUUAUAAAUGCUUAUUGUAACUAAUAUAUCCCAUAUUAUAAUAAUUAUGUACAUAAAGUGGCUAAUAAAUUUUACAAGCAUCA